GGCUAAAAAAGUCAGGAAGUGACACAAAUUUUAUCAUAAUUUCCUCAUCAGUGCAGUUCCCUAAUUAUUCUGCCGACAAAAGACUUCCAAAAUGGCUUCUAUGUUGGAGCAGUAUGAGCAGUCAAGAACUAGGACUGCCAAUGUUGGCCAGCAGAGAUCGGCCAUGCCUGAACCAGUCACCUCUGGCUUCAUCAAUGCCAGAAUGGAGGAUGAGACACCAAUAUUCAACAAGCAGAGAAUCAACUUCAGGCCACCUGAGCCUAUCAGCCAUCUCGUAGUCUGUAACAGUUAUCUUGUGAUGGCUAUGACAAGCAACACACUGCUACGCAUUGAUCUCGAACACCCGGAAGCACCCGAUGAGGUGGAAGUCCUGAAGGGGAGCGAGGAUAAGAUCCAUCGGAUAUUCUUGGAUCCUACUGGACGCCAUCUCUUGAUCAGUAUGGAAAGUGGGGAGAACUAUUUCCUUCACAGGAAUACCAGGAAAGCCAAACAGCUCACCAAGCUAAAGGGCCAUGUGAUUGAUUCUGUUGGGUGGAACAGACAUAACCAGAGUGACUCGACAACCAGUGAAAUCUUACUUGGGACAAGCAGAGGCCUGAUCUUUGAGACGGAGAUCCAAGCUGGCGACGACAGUCGGUUCUUCCAAGGUAGUUUGGACCAGUAUUGGAAACAGCUUUACAACCUUGGGACAAAGGACAAACCCACCCCUGUCACUGGCCUUGAGUUUGACAAGAUGACACUGAAAUCCAUGAAUGAGAAGAAGUAUUUCAUCAUGGCCACCACACCAAGGAGGAUGUAUCAGUUCAUAGGAACCAUAUCUGCAUCAACUGAACCACCAAUAUUUCAAAAGAUAUUCCAACCAUAUGAAGAUCAACUAGAGAGGUUCCUUGAUCUACCAGACAGCCUCGAGAGAAGUGAGUUGUAUUUCUACCACACAAAGUUCAGAGAAUCCCCGUCAAGUUUUGCGUGGAUGGCAGGCCCUGGUGUGUACUAUGGAGGAAUUGAUGUCUCCGGGAAUGCUGGACAAGACACAGUCACAACCAACUGUAAGCUCAUCGCGUACCAGAGAGAUGAGGGAGAGAAGCAAGCAGUGCCUCUGUCGAUUGUCCUCACUGAGUUCCAUCUCCUUGUGCUCUUCCCUGAUCGCCUGAAAGCCAUGUGCGUCCUGAAUGAGCAGGUCAUCUUUGAUGACGCCAUGACUGAUAGGUUUGGUUGUCUUCGUGGUAUGUGCAAAGACCCACUCCGUGGAAGCAUCUGGGCAUUCACAGACCAGGCCGUCUUCAAAUACAAAUUGACGAGGGAGUCGAGAGAUGUGUGGCAGAUCUACCUGGAUAAAGGUGACUUUGCUCUCGCCAGACAAUACUGCAAAGACAAUCCCGCUCAUGUUGACAAAGUGACUGUGAAGGAAGCCGAGCAUCUCUUCAAGACGAAGAAGUUUGAAGAGAGUGCCAACCUGUACGCACAGACACACAACUCCUUUGAAGAAGUGGCGCUGAAGUUCAUACAAGUCGAGGAGAAAAAUGCACUGAAAACAUUCCUCAUGAAGAAGCUGUCAUCAUUGAGUGUCCAGGAUAAGACUCAGAUCACCAUGAUCGUGACGUGGCUGAUUGAGAUCUGGUUGAACCAACUGGGAGAACUACGUGAGCAGGGUCAGGAGAUGAGUGAUACUUACGAUGGAGUCCAGGAUGAAUUUAGGAUGUUUUUGGCCAGGAACCGAGUCAAGGAGUGCUUGAUGUACAACCGGAACACAGUCUAUGAUUUGAUAGCGAGCCAUGGUGAUAUUGAUGACAUGGUCUACUUUGCAGUUCUAAUGCAAGACUAUGAGCGUGUGAUUGAACAUCAUCUGCAGCAUGAUAAUUACACAGAAGCUCUCAAGAUUCUUACAGAACAAUGCAAGGAAAACCAACGUCUCAUCUACCGGUACGCUCCCCUGUUGAUGCAGAAUGUCCCUAAAGAAACAGUGACUGCCUGUAUCCAGUUGGGCCGGAAACUGGACCCUAAACAACUCAUUCCAGCUCUAGUCCAGUAUGACCACAAGAAAUAUAGGACUCAGGGCAAUGAGACAAUUCGUUACUUGGAGUUCUGCGUGGAGACUCUGAAAAACUCUGAUGUGGCUAUCCACAACUAUCUGCUCUCACAAUAUGCCAAGCUCCAGCCAGAGAGGUUGAUGACCUAUCUUCACAUACAAGGAGAGGAUCCUGAGAGUGUCUUCUAUGACUUGAAGUAUGCGCUGCGACUCUGUUCAGAACACGACCUGAAGCGAGCGUGUGUGAAAAUCUAUACAACCAUGGGGCUCUAUGAGGAAGCCGUCGACCUGGCCUUGAAGGUUGAUGUUGAUCUUGCCAAAGAGAACGCGAACAAACCGUCAGAUGAUGAAGAAUUGAGGAAGAAGCUUUGGUUGAGAAUAGCACGACAUGUUGUUGAAGAAGAAGAGGACAUCAGGCGUGCCAUGGAGUUCUUGAACGAGUGUGACUUGCUCAAGAUUGAAGACAUCCUUCCCUUCUUCCCAGACUUCGUCACCAUAGACCACUUUAAGGAUGCCAUCUGUACUUCACUAGAACAGUAUAACAAACAUAUUGAGAGACUGAAGGAGGAAAUGGAUGAAGCCACAGAGAGUGCUAGAGAGAUUCGAUCAGAGAUUCAGACAUUCAGAAACAAAUAUGCAUUUAUCAAAGCCCAGGACAAGUGUGCAGCAUGCAGCUUCCCCCUGCUCACGAGGAACUUCUAUGUAUUCCCAUGUAUGCAUCGCUUCCAUACAGACUGUCUUGUGUCAGAGGUCUUACCCCACCUUUUGCCAACAUCAAGAAGGCGUGUCGAGGAGCUCCAGAGAAAGAUCGCCUCGCGGGAUGAUGGGCAGGCGUCCGCCCGUGACAAUACCACUGAUAUGAGGAGGGACUUGGCUCCUAAAGAGGAACUCGAUGAGAUCGUGGCUGCCGAGUGUAUACUCUGUGGGGACUAUAUGAUUCGGUGUAUUGACAAACCAUUCAUUGAGUCGGAGGAAUUGGAAUCAGUGAUGCAGAGCUGGUUAUAGAUCAUUAUCACCAUGUAACUACAGAUGUGAUGACAUUGUCUCUUUGUCUUCAACAUGUGGAAAUGGAUGUAAUGACGUUUUCGUCUUCAUGAUGUGACAAUACAUAUGAUAACAUGGUGUCUUUGUCUUCAUGAUGUGGAAAUGGAUGUGAAAACAUUGUAUGUGACCACGUUGUCCCUUCAUGAUGUGACAGUAGAUGGGUCUUUGUCUCCAUGAUGUGACAACAUUGUCCCGUGACGUCAUCAAUGCUGGGAAGGAUAAGAGCAAGCAAGUCUCAUAACCCGCUCAGUAAUUUCUUGUUUCAUUACAACUGGACUGCUUAGAUUCAUAAAGGAGCAGGCUAUGAAACUAUUGGGCAGUUGUUUGUACAAAUUUCCAUCAUGUAUUCGGUGCUAACAUUUUGGGAAUGUGUUUGAUUAGGGAACAUUUAAUUGUUCUGUCCUGAUAUGUGUAAAGAAUGCUGUACCUCCCUAAUCAUCAUAACGUAACAGUCUUGUCUGCUUUAAAGUCCACAUUGUCCCAAAGACAUGUUCUUCAUUGGAAUAAAGG